ACAGGAAAAGGGGCGCGGGAGAUAACGUAUUCCAAUUCCCUGCACCAACACCAGUCACUCGUUUCGACGUCGUCAUGAUCUAUAAAUGCAAUGAGAGAGAUAGAGAGAGAGAGAGAGAAGGAGAGAGCUCCUUUUAAUCUUUCUCUCCUCAGCAACACAGAAUUCUCCCUCUUUUACACUCCAUGGGAGCUGAAAUUGUCCAACUUCGUCCUCCCUUUCCCGCGCAACCAUCGCCAUGCUACCACCCGCCAUCGCCACCGCUACCGACCCCGCAGCCACCCAGUUCCGUCCCUAUGCAAACUGUAAUCGACAAUCUCUUUCAUCUCUCACUGGCUUCCUCUCACCACUCCCCUCCCCUCCCAUCGGAAAUGCCCAAAAAUCUACGCGUCGAAUCGAACCCGUCUGCGUCAGUCCAGCAACAGGAUUCUCCUGGUGGCGCUGAGAUGAGCUCUCUAUCCUUGACAGGUAAAUCUAUUCUUGAGUCUUUGAGCGAAAAAUGUGGUGAUGACUUGCAUGGUUUUCUGUCUUCUAUGGAUGAGCUCCGGGAGGAUCCAUUUGGGGUACUGAAAUUCUUGGAAAAUUCCGGGGAUUGGGGUCUGGCAUUGAAAAUUUUCGAGUGGCUCAUCGAUCAGAGCGACACCCAUUUGAGCAAAGAGUCGAUUGAAUUGAUGAUCAGGAUCUUGGGAAAAGAAUCCCAACAUACUGUUGCUUGCAAGCUGUUUGAUAGAGUUCCUUUAGAGGAUUAUGCAUUGGAUGCGUAUUCGCACACUUCUAUGAUUCAUGCCUAUGGUCGAAUUGGUAAAUUUGAACGUGCCUUUAGUCUCUUUGAAUCAAUGAAGCAAAAUGGCGUUGAGCCCACUCUGGUUACGUACAAUGUAGUGCUUGAUCUUUAUGGUAGAAUUGAACGUUCUUGGAAUCAAAUUUCGUCUCUUCUGAAUGAGAUGAGAAGCAAAGGUUUGCGCUUCGAUGAAUUCACUUGCAGUACUGUUGUAUCUGCCUGUAGUAGGCAGGGUUUGUGUGAAGAGGCCGUUGAGUUCUUUGAAGGAUAUAAAUUGGAGGGGUAUUCUCCCGGUAAGAUUGCGUACAAUGCAUUGCUGAAUGCAUAUGGAAGGGCUGGGAGGUGCUCUGAUGCACUGAAUGUGCUGAGAGAAAUGGAAGGCAACGACUGCCCUCCAGACGUGGUGACAUACAAUGAGCUAAUUCUGGCAUAUGCAAGAGCGGGACUUUAUGAUGAAGGUUUUUCCAUGAUUGACACCAUGAUGAGCAAGGGAAUUCUGCCUAAUGUUAUAACAUAUACAACUCUUAUAAGUGCAUAUGGUAAGGCUGGUAAAGAAGACAAGGCCUUGGAACUCUUUACUCAGAUGAAAGAAUCAGGGUGCCUGCCCAAUGUCUACACGUACAACACAAUACUUGGAAUGCUUGGAAAGAAGUCCAGAUUGAAGGAGAUGAUGGAGAUCUUUUUUGAGAUGAAAACUCGAGGAUGCACCCCAAACAGGGUGACGUGGAAUACGAUGCUAGCAAUGUGUGGGAGCAAAGUGAGGCAUAACUAUGUGAAGCAAGUGUUGGAAGAGAUGAAGGUUUGUGGGUUUGAUCCAGAUCGUAGUACUUUCAAUACAUUGAUUAGUGCAUAUGGUCGGUGUGGAAUGGGAGCAGAUGCUUACAAGAUGUACAACGAGAUGAUCAGAGCUGGUUUUACUCCUAACCUAUCAACCUGCAAUUCUCUUUUGAAUGUAUUAGCAAGGAAGGGGGACUGGAAGACAGCAGAAUCCGUUAUGGCAGACUUGAAGCUGAAAGGAUUCAAGCCUAAUGAGACAUCUUUCUCUUUGAUGUUGCAAGCUUAUGCGAGAGGCCAAAACAUUGAAGGGAUACAAGCUAUUGAAAGAGAACUAUACAACGGUAAAACUUUUCCAAGUUGGGUUUUGUUGAGAACCCUAAUUCUUGUAAAUUUCAAGUGCAAAAGGUUAAAUGGUAUGGAAAAAGCAUUCGGUGAGCUGAGAAGAAAGGGGUACAACCCUGAUCUGGUCAUCUUUAACUCCAUGAUUUCCGUUUAUGCAAGGAAUAAGAUGUUUGAUCGUGCCCAUGAUAUGCUGAAUCUCAUUCGUGAGAGUGGCUUGGAACCUGAUCUCAUGACUUACAAUAGCUUGAUGGACAUGUAUGCAAGAACAGGUGAGUGUUGGAAAGCGGAAGAGACACUUCGAGGAUUGAAAAAGAAAAACUCCCAAUGUAAGCCUGAUCUUGUCUCUUAUAACACUGUAAUCAAAGCAUUUUCAAAGCAAGGUCUCAUGCAAGAGGCCCGCAGCAUGCUUUCUGAGAUGACAAAUGUGGGGAUAUCUCCUUGCAUAGUAACCUAUAAUACUUUUGUCAGUGGAUAUUUAAGGCUUGGCAUGUUUACGGAGGCAACCAAUGUCAUUGAGUUCAUGAUCAAGGAAAAUUGCAGACCUGAUGAGCUGACCUAUAACAUGGUUGUUGAUCAUUAUUGUAAAUCUAACAAGUAUGGAGAAGCAAUUGAGUUCAUUUCAAAGAUUAGGAAAAUGGAUCAUACCAUUGAUGAUGAAUUGUGGAGAAAGCUGAGUAUGAGGAUACAUGAGAAGGCAAGAGCAUAAAUCUUUGAGAACAUAUGGUAGCCAGUUGCUGGCUCCCCUUGCAAAACGUACAGGUGUUAAAAGAUGCUAUUUCACACAUUAGAUCCCAAUUUUAUGAAAGAUGUAUUUAGCAAUGGAGGACUUCCACAAUGCAGAUGGAAGCUCUGUAGCUAACUGUGUGGUGUUCGCAAAGAGAUAAGGUCCAACCCAAACAAAGAGACCAAACAUCCAGUACAUGUAACUCCCUGCUGAGCCCCUGGCAGCGUAUGUGCAAGCUCUUUGACAAUGCAUGCAAUUACCAGAUUUCAGAAUCUCCAUCAUGUCACAAUCUUUACUUUUUAUCUGUUCAUGCAAUAGAAAGUGGAUAACAAGGGGAACUUGAGAUAAGCAAAGUCAGUGAGGAGUUUGGUUAUGGGGUUCACAAGUCAUGCCAUGUGGCUAGACUGCAAAGAAAUAAGAUCUUUCUGCUUCUUUAUGUGAGACUGCUAUGUGGCUUUGAAGAGAUGCAAAGAAAAUCAAGUUUUCAGCUCCCUACUUGCCAGGACCUCUCCUGCUUCAUUUAACUCUACUGCGACGUGCAUAAUCUUUUGCACGAACCAUAAGCAUCAUUGGUACUUGUCCUAUAGUUGUUAAGUAAGAUAUUUCCUUCAUUAAGGAUGUACACUUAGACAUAUGUAUAUUGCCGUGUAAAGCAACUCUUAGACAACACAUUCAUGAUUCAUAGCAAGGUCAAUUUACUUUUCUAACUGUUUGUUAACGGAAGAAAGUGUAAAAAUGAACCGCCUAAAUUGGCCAAAAAUAAGUAUGCUAUACGGUAAGCAGCACAAGAUACAACAUUAUAUCAAAUGAAACAAGGAAAGAGUUUGAAGUAGUUGCAUAAUCAUUGUAAGAGGUAUGUGUAAGGUCUUAUUUUACGAAAUAUUGAUAUGUGGGACAAAGCUCACCUGGCAAUAAGACAACCCACAGCAGAUUUAAUAGAAUUUCGUCGGGAAAUUAUGCACAAACUACUGUAAGUGUAAGCAUAUUGAGCAAUGGAAGGUCAGAAACUAAUGCAAUUUCUUCCA